AUGCGUCGGCAUUGGCAGACUUGGGUAAAUUCAGCAGUGGAGUGUCUGAACGAGAUGUACGGUUGCACAAUUCAUCCUCCGCCAGGGCUCGUGGUCUCAGAGGCCCAGAACCUCGGCGUGCGCUUGCUGACCGACAUCUAUAGUUCGAUACCACCGCCUCCUUGCACAGCCGCGCAAGCCCUUGCGGAGCUUGGCGGCAGUCGCCCUGGGUACUCCGACACGGAUCCUCGGCGCAGCUUCCAGCCUGACUUAGUCUCUUUGCCCGGGAUGGGCGGUCUGGCCGACGGCGAGCAGGUGCUGUCCGGUCUGGCUCUACAACGCUGGAGGUCUAUUUCGACGAACUUGCGGACCAGAGUAGAUUCCCACUCGACCGCGACCACUAGCACUGUUCAACCUUAUAGUGAUCCUGCACUUGUCAAAGAUCAGAAACGCUAUGCCAAUUUCAUCAUGCAGAUGGUACGGGCUAAACUUGUGUCUCUCCGACCUGAGCGGUCGGCCACUGUUGGCAUUUUCUUUGCUGCAAAAAAGGAUGGCAGAUUACGCAUGAUUUUGGACACCAGAGCGGUGAACAUGAUGUUCGAUGAGCCAGCUCACUCUCGUCUCCCGACUCCCUCGUCCUGGGUUUCCAUGGAGAUCGGGGUCACGGAUGACCUGGUGCUGUCUCAGAUGGACGUUGAUAACGCUUUCUACAGAUGCAAGGCGCCGCCAGGGGUCUCGGACUGGUUCGCUCUCCCCAGAGUUUCGGCCAGCCAACUUCGCCGCAAGCAGGCUCCCGACGUCACUGGCGACGGCUUCGGCACCGCCAUCUAUGUGGACAACGCUGGGGUCGUGGGCACUGAUGACGACGUCGUCAGGGGCAUGGCCCGCAGGCUGUACGCACAGUUGGCCGCCGAUGGCCUACAGUGCAAGGAGCUCGAGCACGGUCUUCCCGAGGCUCAGUUCACCGGGAUGACCUUGGACAGGGCCAGUGGGCGCAUCUCAGUCGGCCAUCGCCGUUGCUGGAAGGUGCGCCUCGCCAUUCAGGGCAUCCUGGACGAAGGUUUCUGUUCUGGAGAGCUCCUUCACCGCAUCGUGGGCCAUUUUACCUGGUCUGCUAUCCUUCGUCGGUGUUUGCUCAGUAUCCCGCGCGCCAUCUACAGGUUCAUUGACGUCGCGGGUCAUAGGCGCAUUCGCCUCUGGCCAGCUGUGUCGAAGGAGCUUCGGUGGAUGAUGGUCUUACUCCCGCUCGCCUACGCCGACACGAAGAGGCCAUGGGCUACAGUGGUCACGGCCUCAGACUCCGAGGGCGCCAAUGCGAUCGACAACGGGGGGUUCGGCAUCGUGAAUCGGAACUUCCCGCUGGAGACCGUCCGAGGUUGGGGCCGCCAGAGUGAACGUUGGAGGUUUGCAGUCGGUGAUGCGGUUCAGGCCCGACAGCGUGCCCUGGCCGAGACCGACAAUCAUAUCAAGUCCUUGCCAGACCCAGACUGUCCCCCGGAUGAGCUUCCACCUGAGUUGUUCGACAUUCGUCGUGGGGACAUUGGCGACUUCAGUGAGUGGGGCCGUAAGGUGCGGGGGCGCUGGCGGCUCGCAGAGAGCAUUACUUCUUCAGAGGGCCGUGCUACCGUCAUUGCAGCCAGAAAUCGUCUCCGCUCCGCCCGUCAUUUCUCGCAUCGUCAUCUCUUCUUGGGAGACAACUUGGGGGUUGUCUUGGCGCAGGGUAAGGGCAGGGCCAGCAAUGCAAAUAUCAACAGACAUUGUCGCCAACUUGCUGCCUUGUCCAUGAUCUCGGAUUCAGACUUCGUCACCAGGUGGGUUCCCUCAGAGUUCAACCCUGCCGACGCCGCUUCGAGGCUCAAGACGGGGCCACCCGUCCGGGGCGGCGGCGGGCCGCGGGAUGCUCGCCCCCCCUGGGUCGUCCGAGACGCCGAGGCGCGUGUUGCGCUCGAGUCUGCUGUCGAGGCGCUUGCCCGUUCGACGACGGGGACUGGGCGCUCGGCGGGCGCUCUCAACCGCUGGGACCACCAGGCUAUGGCUUCGAGGAUUUCCACGAUGGGCUACCCGAAUUCAUCGACUCCAGCGGCUCCGACUCAGAAGAUGCGGCUGGCCAAGAGACUACCCAUGCCCGCCAAGAGGCCUGUGACAGAGGCCGGGAUGGACCGCACGUCGCAGCUUCGCACUCAGCGGGCAAAGCGCAGACGGCGCGAGCACUUGGACGAAGCAAUGCAUGCGAGGCAGUUCGGCCAAUAUUUUCUGGAGGUCAACAAGGUGACUCGUCCUUCGGCAAUGAUGUACGACAGGUACUUCCAGGAGUUCAAGGACUGGGCCAGCACCAACGGGAUGACGUUGAAUUCGAGCUCGGACAUCAGCAGGGCUAUGCUGGAGUAUCUGGAGGAGCUCUACUUCGCGGGCCACAACCACGACUCGGGAGAGAAGGUCAUCGCAGCCCUCGAGUAUCGGGUGCCUGGCCUGAGGAGCUCAAAGACGCUAGAGAGGGCCAAGCACUCGCUACGGGGCUUUCGCCGCCUGGCGCCCGGCCUGAGCAGGGCCCCUCUUCCGUGGAUCGGCCUGCGCGCGCUAGUCGGAGCUGCGCUGCACAUCAACGAGCUGGAGUUCGCACAGUGCCUCAACAAGGUGUGGUCAUUCGACUAUCGCAAGUUCUCCAAUCUUUUCAAGAGGGUGUGCGAGGUCGCUGGCCUGGGACAGGCGAAGCUCCACCCGUACAUGAUGAGGCACGGAGGCGCCAGCGACGAUGCUCUCAGACAGACUCGAUCGUUGGAGGCCAUCAAGCGCCGCGGCCGCUGGGCCGCGGACACGUCGGUGAAACGUUACGAGAAGCACGCCAGGGUACUCAAGUCACUCGAGGGUCUACCCGCCAGUGCUCGCGACUACGGCAAUCUGAUAGACAAGAAGCUGAGCCAGUACCUGGGGCUCACAGCCAGAGUCCCAGUUCCUCCCGGGACCACGGCCAAGGUGCUGGUUGCAGCAAAGUAA